UUCAGCGCACAAUAAAGGGGACAAGGCGUGUGUUUGGAAUGAUACGGGCGUGUUUCAUGUUGGAUUUAUAAAAGCGGUUGUCCGACAUAAAGUCAUUUUCAGUUGUAGCCAAUGUUAUUUGGCUUUUAUGUUAGUGAUUGAACGCUGUGUCACUGUCACAAUACCGACGGUUCCAGCUGGGACAUCAAUCUUGUGCUCGAGGGCUCUCCAAAACAUAUUGGUCCAGGCGUACUGCUUAUUCUGGUGAUUGUUUCGAUCCAGUGCUUCCCCAGGCUGGCCCAGACCCACACCACGUUGAUGCUGGUGGGCUCUAACCUCCUCUUCGUCCUGCGCUCUCCCAUCCCUCCAUCCAGUGAUGGCGAUGAGUACCGACCCGGGCUGCAGAAGGGACGACCUCAGCCCUGACCCUGACCCAAUGACCCCUGACCGCAGUGACCUCACUGCCAUGAUGGCCACCGUGACUGUGACGACCACCGAGGCGGGCGGCUCACCGGCCAAUGGCGUGAGGAUUGGGGCUCAGCAAGGAGGAGCUAAGAAAGGCCCUGCUCAGCGGCCACACCUCUCAGGGAGGAAGCUGUCGCUACAGGAGCGGGGCACGUACCCAUCUGGGAGGUCAGGGGGGGCUCACGUCUCCCCCCGUGUGGUACGCAGACCCACCGUGGAGUCCAAACGCGUCUCCAUCUCAGACGCCGAGAACUGUAUCCAGCUGAACCAGUACAAGCUGAAGAGUGAGAUCGGAAAGGGCUCCUACGGGGUGGUCAAACUGGCCUACAAUGAGGAUGACGACAAACACUAUGCCAUGAAGGUGGUGUCCAAGAAGAAGCUGAUGAAGCAGUAUGGAUUCCCACGUCGCCCCCCUCCUAGAGGACCCAAGGUGGCGGUCCAAGGAGAGCAGCCCAAAGUACUAGGCCCCCUGGAGAGGGUCUACCAGGAGAUUGCCAUACUCAGGAAGCUGGACCAUCUCAACAUAGUCAAACUGGUGGAGGUGUUGGAUGAUCCUGCAGAGGACAACCUCCACAUGGUGUUUGAUUUGAUGCCAAAGGGUCCAGUGAUGGAGGUCCCCACAGACAGUCCCUUCACUGAGGAGCAAACACGCCUCUACUUCAGAGACAUUGUCCUGGGUAUUGAGUACUUGCACUACCAAAAGAUUGUCCACCGGGACAUCAAGCCUGCUAACGUGCUGCUGGGGGAUGACGGCCAUGUGAAGAUUGCUGACUUUGGGGUCAGUAACCAGUUUGAGGGCAACGAUGCCCUGCUCUCCUCUACGGCUGGGACUCCUGCUUUCAUGGCCCCAGAGACCCUGUCAGAUAUCCACCAGAGCUUCAGUGGAAAAGCAUUGGAUGUAUGGGCCAUGGGAGUGACUGUCUACUGCUUUGUGUUUGGGAAGUGUCCGUUCAUUGAUGAAUACAUCCUGGUUCUACACAAUAAGAUCAGGACUAAAUGUGUGGAGUUCCCAGAGUCGCCAGAGAUCAGUGAGGAGUUGAAGACUCUUAUCCUGAAAAUGUUGGACAAGAACCCUGACACCAGGAUCACCAUACCUGAGAUCAAGUUGGACCCAUGGGUGACCCAGGACGGUUGUGAUCCUCUCCCUCUAGAGGAGGACCACUGCAGUGUGGUGGAGGUCACUGAAGAGGAGGUGCAGAACUCUGUCAAGUUUGUCCCCAGCCUGUCCACCGUGAUCCUGGUGAAGGCCAUGCUGCGCAAGAGAUCCUUCAGUAAUCCCUAUGAGUGUCCCAGGAGUAGAGCGGAGAGGUCCAUGUCUGCACCUAGCAACCUGCUCAUGGAUGCGUGGCCGUUCCGCCACUCUUUAAAACUCCACCCCUCUCUAAGAAAGGGCAGCAGUGGAGAGGGAAGUAGGGAGGGAGAGCUCGAAGACCUACAUGAAGAUGAACCCUUCUCCUGAAUCCCGUUCCUCCUCCUCUCCUCCAGUCAGCUUUGCCCAGUUCUACACAGCCCUCUUAACCGCAAUCUUACGCUCCUACCUUCAGUGCUUCUGGACUGAAACAGUGUUUUUCCUUUACUUACUCGUGUUUCGAUGUCACUUUACCUAGACAAUGCAUGGUGAACGUUAUCGCCGUUCAGAGACUCUCUUAGGCACCAUUCACAGUGGACAAUAUUGGUGCCCUAAGAGCCAGCAUGACCAAGAGACUGGAGCAUGCAACUGACAUUAUUACGCCCCCUACCGUUUGAAACAAGACAUACACACAGGGCUUUUUUUCAGUAGUUUGAAGGGGCAAUCUGCAGACGCUUCAUACAUUUUUGGAAUUAUAAAUGUAUUAAUUAUAUAUACGUAUGAUUCUUGAAGAAUAUAACUUAUAAAUGCCUCAUAAGCUUAGUUUAACUGUCAUACCACAUCAGAACCAAAAGCUUGUUUUACUCCAAUGUCUGUAAACACACACUGUAUAGCCUCAAAAUAUGCUUGACACUAUCAUUUGUAUAUAUUGAAGGGUCAGUCCUUGCAUCCAUAACUCUGUCUAUUAAUAUCAGAGUGUUUACAUUUUUCCAGGCCCAUCCUUCAGCUUUUUACCAAAACAGAGGGGAACCAUUUUGUUAUUGUUUAAUCUGCGGAUUGCCCCUUUAAUGCUGCAGCGUUGUACAUGGAUCAUAAAUGUGUGUGUCAGUGUAAUGUCAUUGUUGUCUAUCUCACCCGUACAUGCUAAGCUGUCAACAUAACCCUUAAGUAAUAAUAAUAAUAAUAUAUUUUAUUUUAAGCGCUUUACAAGACACCCAAAUUCACUUUACGUACACAAUCUAAUCUCCACGAUUAAAAGCAAUAAAAUCAUACAUUAAAAUGAGUAAGUAUAUAAAACUACACCGAACAUAAGGAAAGACUAACCAGGGGGGAAAAAACUGAACAGGAUGACACUAACUAGGGAAGUGAACUAGUGAGGGAUCUCUAAGACAACAGAUAAUGUGAAGAGGUGUGUCUUUAGUGUGGACUUGAAUAUGCGUAUGGAAUGUGAGGUUUUGACAUGGAGAGGGAGGGAGUUCCAGAAUUGGGGGGGGGGGCUGCAAUGCUAGAAGCAUUGUCUCCCAUGGAGCAGAGCCUGGUGUGAGAGAUGGUUGGGAGGCCAAUGUCAGAAAAGCGCAGUGAAGUGUACGGGUGCAGGAAGUCAGUAAGGUAUGUGAGCAUUUUGAAGAUGAUCCUGUAUUGAACUGGGAGCCAGUGGAGUUUCAGGGUGGGGGUGAUGUGGUCCCAAGGUUUGGUGUCUGUGUGGACUGGUCUCUUCCUCGCUGUUGCUCUAAUUGUCUCCCCUUCAUUCUCUAAUGUUUUUAUUAGGGUACAGAAUUAGAGAAGGGCUGUUUCUCUGAAUCUCAGGCAGUAGGAUGAAGCAAGCCUGUUUCUCUCCCCUGUCUCCUAGACUCUGACAAGAAGCAGCAACCUAUCCUCCUUAAAACACAUUUGAAACCCACAAUUGUGAAAGGGGGAACACUAAUCAUAUUUAUGCAGCCUAUUAAUCACCCUCCCAGAACCAAGUAAAUGUUUUAUUUCAAUUUAAGAAAAACUUCAUUGGAAAUUGGCCCAUUCAUUGAUAGGGAUGCAUGUGAGAUUGUACAGCAGUAAACUGGGUUAUUUGUCCUUUAUACAUUCUUCUUGAUUUCAAAAUGGAAGUGAAAGCAGGUAAUGGUGUUUGUAUGUACUGUUUCUUUAUUAGUAAAAGGUUAAUUUAUGAAAUAAA